GUUUGUGUACCUCUCCGUCCUGCACACCGGGCGGCGCUGUUUGGCCGCUCGCCGGCAGCAGCCCUCCCCUCUCCGUUUGGCUGAAUCACUUCAUCCCAUCACCGUUCCCACAAUGCACAGUUGGAGACGGCGAAAACACGAGCAGCCCGAGGACGCGCCGCUCAUCAUGGCGAUAUAAACCAUCUUCUCCCGCAGGCCCCGCCGCCACCGAAGCCUUUUUUUUCCUGCCUCCGCUUCAUGAAAAACACACGCCGCUUCCGGCGCCGAGCGGAGACGAGAGCCGCCGCCGCCACCACCGCUGCCGGCGGAGAUUGAUCCCAGCCCGGAGGAAGGACGAGUGAGCGUCAUGGCAGCGUCGGAGCUGUACACAAAGUCUGCUCGGGUGUGGAUCCCCGACGCAGAGGAGGUGUGGAAGUCUGCCGAGCUCACCAAGGACUACAAAAAUGGCGACGCCACGCUGCAGCUCAUGCUGGAGGACGGGACGGCCGUCGAUCAUAAGCUGGACCCCAAGACGAAGAACCUGCCUUACCUGCGGAACCCGGACAUCCUGGUGGGCGAGAACGACCUCACCGCUCUCAGCUACCUCCACGAGCCAGCCGUGCUCCACAACCUCAAAGUCCGCUUCAUCGACUCGAAGCUCAUCUACACCUACUGCGGAAUUGUUCUGGUGGCCAUCAACCCAUACGAGACGCUGCCCAUCUAUGGGAGCGAAAUAAUCAACGCCUACAGCGGGCAGAACAUGGGAGACAUGGACCCGCAUAUCUUUGCUGUGGCAGAGGAGGCUUACAAACAGAUGGCAAGGGAUGAGAGAAACCAGUCUAUCAUCGUGAGUGGUGAGUCCGGAGCAGGAAAGACCGUCUCGGCCAAAUAUGCCAUGAGGUACUUUGCUACAGUCAGCGGCUCUGCCAGCGAGGCCAACGUAGAGGAGAAGGUUUUGGCUUCCAACCCCAUCAUGGAGGCCAUCGGAAACGCAAAGACGACCCGCAACGACAACAGCAGCCGCUUUGGCAAGUACAUCGAGAUCGGCUUUGACAAUCGGUACCGCAUCAUCGGGGCCAACAUGAGGACAUAUCUGCUGGAGAAGUCCAGAGUGGUUUUCCAGGCGGACGAGGAGAGGAAUUAUCAUAUCUUCUAUCAACUCUGUGCAUCAGCUAAUCAGCCUGAGUUCAAGAAUCUGAGACUAAGCAGCGCCAAUGACUUCCUCUACACCAGGCAGGGCCGCAGUCCUGUUAUCGAAGGCAUAGACGACGCCAAAGAGCUGCGCACCACUCGCCACGCCUUCACACUUCUGGGUAUAAAUGAAUCCUAUCAGGUUGGCUUGUUCCAGGUUUUGGCUGCUAUUCUUCACCUGGGAAACGUGGAGAUCAAAGACAGGGACUCAGACAGCAGCCUCAUUCCUCCCAACAAUCGGCACCUGACUGCGUUCUGCGAGCUGGUGGGCGUGACCUAUCAGGACAUGUCCCAGUGGCUGUGCCACAGGAAGCUGAAGACGGCCACAGAGACUUACAUCAAGCCCCUCCCUCGACUUCAGGCCACCAACGCUCGUGAUGCUCUGUCCAAACAUAUCUAUGCCAAGCUGUUCAACUGGAUUGUGGAACACGUGAACAAGGCUCUCAUCACCAAUGUCAAGCAGCACUCUUUCAUCGGCGUCCUCGACAUCUAUGGGUUUGAAACAUUUGAAAUCAACAGCUUUGAGCAGUUCUGCAUCAACUACGCCAACGAAAAACUCCAGCAACAGUUCAACAUGCAUGUGUUCAAGCUGGAGCAGGAGGAGUACAUGAAGGAGCAGAUCCCCUGGACUUUGAUCGACUUCUACGACAAUCAGCCCUGCAUCAACCUCAUAGAGGCUAAGAUGGGCAUCCUGGACCUGCUGGACGAAGAGUGCAAGAUGCCAAAAGGUUCUGAUGAUUCAUGGGCUCAGAAGCUGUACAACACCCACCUAAAGACCUGUUCCCUGUUUGAGAAGCCGCGCAUGUCCAACCGCGCCUUCAUCAUCCAACAUUUUGCUGAUAAGGUAGAGUACCAGUGUGAGGGUUUCCUGGAGAAGAACAAGGACACAGUAAACGAAGAACAGAUCAAUGUGCUGAAGGCCAGCAAGAAGUUCAACCUGCUGGUGGAGCUGUUCCAUGACGAGGAGAAGGCGACCACCCCCACCGGUCAGGUGGCCGGCACCGGGGGCCGCACCCGGCUCAGCAUCAAACCAGACAAGGGCCGGGACACGAGCAGCAAGGAGCACAAGAAGACCGUGGGCUGUCAGUUCCGUAACUCUCUCCAAAUGCUGAUGGAGACUUUGAACGCCACCACUCCACAUUACGUCCGCUGUAUCAAACCCAAUGACUUCAAGCAGGCCUUCUCGUUUGAUCCCAAGCGAGCAGUGCAGCAGCUGAGAGCUUGUGGCGUCCUGGAAACCAUCCGCAUCUCUGCUGCCGGCUUCCCGUCCAGAUGGACGUACCAGGAGUUCUUCAGCCGUUACCGAGUGCUGAUGAAGCAGAAGGAUGUGCUCCCUGACAAGAAGCUGACCUGCAAGAACGUUCUGGAGAAAUUAGUACAGGACCAGGAUAAGUAUCAGUUUGGGAAGACUAAAAUCUUCUUCAGGGCCGGCCAGGUGGCCUAUCUGGAAAAACUGAGAGCGGACAAGCUGCGCGUCGCCUGCAUCCGCAUCCAGAAGACCAUACGCAGCUGGUUGGCCCGCAAGAAGUACCUGCGCCAGCGCAGCGCCGCCAUCACCAUCCAGAGGUUCACCAGAGGUUACCAGGCCCGCUGCUUGGCGAAGUUCAUGCGUCGCACUCAGGCGGCCACCAUCAUCCAGAAGUACCAGAGGAUGUGUGUGGAAAGGAAGCGCUACAGACAGAAGCAGGCUGCCGCUCUGGCCGUGCAGACCAUCCUCAGAGCUUACAUGGCCCGGCAGAAGUACCAGGCGCUGCUGCGGGAGCAUAAGGCCAUCAUCAUCCAGAAGCACGUGCGCGGCUGGUUGGCCCGCUGCUGGUACAAGCGCUGCCUCGAGGCCAUCGUCUACCUGCAGUGCUGCAUCCGCAGGAUGAGAGCCAAGCGAGAGCUGAAGAAGCUGAAGAUCGAGGCUCGCUCGGUGGAGCACUUCAAGAAGCUUAACAAAGGCAUGGAGAACAAAAUCAUGCAGCUGCAGAGAAAGAUCGACGAGCAGCAUAAGGACAACCGGUUGGUCAGCGAGAGAUUAGUCUCUCUGGAGAGCUCGUACGCAGCAGAGAGCGAGCGCAUGCGCAGCGAGCUGAGCCGGCUGCGCGGGGUGGAGGAGGACGCCAAGAACAAAACCAGCCAGGUGUCGUCUCUGCUGGAGGAGCUGGAGAGGCUGAAGAAGGAGCUGAGCGUCACCCAGCAGGAGAAGAAGACCAUCGAGGACUGGGCACAGAAGUACAGGAGCGAAAUGGAGACGAUGGUGUCCGAGCUGAAGGAUCAGAACGGACUGCUGAAGAAAGAGAAGGACGACCUGAACAGGAUGAUUCAAGAACAGAGUCGGCAGAUGACCGAGAAAAUGGCUCGUGCGAUAGCGCAGGAGACUCAGCAGCUGGAGACGGACCUGAACGAGGAGCGCUCUCGCUACCAGAAUCUGCUGACAGAACACCUUCGCCUGGAGGAGAAAUACGACGACCUGAAGGAGGAGUUGGCCCACUCCUCGAACGUCUCCAAACCCGGCCACCGGAGAACAGACUCCACCCACAGCAGCAACGAAUCAGAGUACACGUACAAUUCAGAGUACGCCGACACGGAAGAAGGUUCCCGUGCCCGCGAGGACGUGACACGGGGAAUGGAUACUUCACUGACUCUAAAGCUGCAGAAACGUGUUACAGAGCUGGAGCAGGAGAAGCAGUCGCUGCGCAACGAACUGGAAAACAAAGAGGACCAGUUCCAGCGGGCUAGAGCCAGGGACGAUGCUCAGUUUAGAAAGGCUCGUGGAGCGGAGCUGGAGUACGAGUCUCUGAAGCGUCAGGAGCUGGAGUCGGAGAACAAGAAGCUGAGACACGACCUGGCCGAGAUGAGGCAAAGCCUGCUGGGCGACGCGGCCACGGGGGCCGGGGCGCCGGGCUCGCCAGCCUACAAGGUGCUCCUGGACCAGCUCAACGCUUCCUGCGAGGAGCUGGAGGUCCGCAAGGAGGAGGUGCUGAUCCUGCGCUCCCAGCUGGUCAGCCAAAAGGAAGCCGUGCACCACAAGGAUGAGAAGGAGACCAUGACGGAGCCGUCGGUGUUCGCUCAGGACGUGAACAAGCUGAAGGACGCAGACGAGCUGAGGCAAGCUUACGUCGGCCUCAAGGACACCAACAGAUCUCCCAGGUCAGUGGGCCCGGCGCUGGAAGUCGGGGAUCUCCUGAGUAGGCUGAGAUCUGCUGCUCCAGACCUCCACAAGCUGAACGAGGACGGGGAGCUGUGGCUGGUCAAUCAGGGCUUAAAGGAGACCGUCAGGUUGCUGGAGCAGCAGCUCCAGACCCAGCGGCGAACCUACGACAGCGAGGUGGAGUCGCUGCGCGGCGAGCUGCAGAACGUGAAGGAGGAGAACAACCGGCAGCAGCAGCUGCUGGCCCAGAACCUCCAGCUGCCUCCGGAGGCGCGGAUCGAGGCCAGCCUGCAGCACGAGAUCACGCGGCUCACCAACGAGAACCUGGAACUGAUGGCCGACGACCCCACGGCAUCCAGAGAGGCUCGAGUCAUCAUAUUACGGCGGAUGGUUGAUCUGAUGGAGCAGCUGGAGAAGCAGGACAGAACCAUCCGCAAGCUCAAGAAGCAGCUGAAGGUUUAUUCCAAGAGGAUCGGCGAGAUGGGGGCGGGUCAGACCGAGGGACAGACGUCUCCUGGACAGAUGGUGGAGGAGCCCAUCCACCCGGUCAACAUCCCGCGCAGGGAGAAAGACUUCCAGGGAAUGUUGGAGUACAAGAAGGAGGAUGAAAUGAAGCUGGUUAAGAAUCUCAUUCUGGAGCUGAAACCUCGCGGCGUAGCGGUGAAUCUGAUCCCAGGUCUGCCAGCCUACAUCCUGUUCAUGUGUCUGAGACACGCGGACUACGUCAACGACGACCAGAAGGUCCGGACGCUGCUCACAUCCACCAUCAACAGCAUCAAGAAGAUCCUCAAGAAACGAGGCGAUGACUUUGAGACGGUGUCGUUCUGGCUGGCCAACACCUGCCGCUUCCUGCACUGUCUGAAGCAGUACAGCGGAGACGAGGCCUUUAUGAAGAGCAACUCAUCGAGGCAGAACGAGCACUGCCUGUCCAACUUCGACCUGGCCGAGUACAGACAGGUGAUCAGCGACCUGGCCAUCCAGAUCUACCAGCAGCUGGUCAAAUGCAUGGAGAACAUCCUCCAGCCAAUGAUAGUAUCGGGGAUGCUGGAGCACGAGACCAUCCAAGGCGUGUCCGGAGUGAAGCCCACAGGUCUCCGUAAGCGUACGUCCAGUAUCGCCGACGAGGGCACCUACACCCUGGACUCCAUCCUGCGGCAGCUGAGCGCCUUCCACUCCACCAUGUGCCAGCACGGCACCGACCCCGAGCUCAUCAAGCAGGUGGUGAAGCAGCUGUUCUACAUCAUCGGCGCCGUCACCCUCAACAACCUGCUGCUGCGCAAGGACAUGUGCUCCUGGAGCAAAGGCAUGCAGAUCAGGUACAAUGUGAGCCAGCUGGAGGAGUGGCUGAGGGACAAGGGUCUGAUGAACUGCGGAGCCAAGGAGACCCUGGAGCCUCUGAUCCAGGCCGCCCAGCUGCUGCAGGUGAAGAAGAAGACGGACGAAGACGCCGACGCCAUCUGCUCCAUGUGUCACGCCCUCACCACUGCUCAGAUCGUAAAGGUCCUGAACCUCUACACUCCAGUCAAUGAGUUUGAGGAGAGAGUGUCAGUCGCUUUCAUACGAACCAUACAGACUCGCUUGCGAGACCGCUGUGAGAGCCCUCAGCUGUUAAUGGACACCAAAAUGAUAUAUCCAGUCACCUUUCCGUUCAACCCGUCCUCCCUUGCCCUGGAAACCAUCCAGAUCCCCACCUCUCUGAACCUGAGCUUCCUCACCAGAGUCUAAGCUGAACCCAAUCCCUGCUGCGACCGCCGCCUACCGGCCCAUGAAAGAAUAUGAAUAUGUUAAUAAAGCACUUGAAAACAAUGUGGACGAACACAAUCUGAACAAACAUUUUCUGUCUAAACGCUGACAUGCACGCACAUCUGUGUCACUUUCUAGAUAAGUAUUGCCCUUUCUCACUCAAAAACAGGCAAACUCACACACUACUCGCCCCAUAGGCUCCCAUUAAAUGCUUGUAUAAAAUCCUGCCGCUUAAAGAAGCCAUAGGACCCAGUCAAUCAUCAGCAUAGCUAUUGUUCAUGUCUGAAUCACAAGAGCAAAGGAGGCAAAGAUCUCACACCAGGAGUAAGUUAAGCAAGUUGUCAUCUAUUGGGACGUGUUGAUGCAAAAAUCCUUGUAUUCACCAUCUGAGCACAGUCAAGCCAAGUCAAAACUCAUUGUCUGUACUAUAUUAUUUAUACACAAAGAUAUCUAUAUGAAAAUAAAUAAUAUGUAUAUCCUGUAUUUAAUUUAUUGAACUUAUGUUGCCAACCUCCCUUUUCAAGAUUAUUCUCAUUGCCAUUUUAGAAAAAGAAAAGGAUAAAGGCCAUCAGGACAAGUUAAACAGCUUCGCUUUAGCUGCACUGAUAUACGAUAUUUAUAUUAAGUAUAUUAUAUCAUACAGGCACAGAUUAUGAUUCGCUAUGUCUUAAACUUAAAUGUUUUAAUGUGUGUUUCUGGCAGAGUAGAGCAGGUUUAAGAGAAGAGAGCUUAUAAAGACUUAAUCUCUGCUCGGGGCUUUAGCCUACCAAGAGCUCUACUGUUUACAGCUUUGACCAGAGCCAAGAAAAUGAACCCGGAACAUUUAAUCUACGGAGGGCCCAAUGUGCCACAAAGUUAGAAAUAAAUACUUAUUUGCUUAUGUCAUUAUUAAAGCUGCAACAUCUUAUAAAUGAAUCAGAUAAUUAUUUAUGUUGGUAAAAAAUAAUUAGCAUAUUAUAAUUAAAUACUUAAAGGCAAACUAUCUUCCUUUAAAUAAUUACAUUUGACAAAUAAUUAAGAAUUCAGUUUAAAGUUCUGUAUUUAAUUAGAAUUGUAAUGGUAAUCCUGCCCAGUGAAUAUAAUUCAGACCAGUUACCUUUCCCAGAGCAGUGUUGGCUCCGCCCACUGGCUUAGGAGGGGGGUGGGUGAGACAUUCACAACAUUACACAUGGAAUAGUGAAAUAAUUAUACAUGCUUCUCAUACAAAGUAAACAUUUGUUAUCAAUGGCAUGUUUCAUGUGUCAUAUGUUAAAAUUAUUGUUGAGUGAUUUAUUUAUUGAAUUGUCACUUUUGGGCCUCCAUUGAUCAUCCACAAACACUGCAGUGAAAGCACAGAUCUGUUCGUACAACCAUACACCUAGUUUAUUUUUCUUCUUAAGUUGUUUUGGUCAGGCAAAUGUUUCCGUUAUCUUUGUGUGCUUAUUUAUUUCAUUUUCACAAUUUUUACGAUUGUUUGUAUUGUAAAGCCAUGUCUUACUAAGCAAAAUGAACAGAAGUGAUUUUUUUUUUUUUUUUUUUUUGUAAGUUGGUUUUGCAGAAAUUGCCAGAGAUCUGUUCAACAUUACGUUUUUCUCUGCUUCAUCCCCACUUUUGCCUUCCUGUUUUUGUGACACAACAUGGGCAUUUGCUACUAAAACACGCCAAUUAAGUUGAUCGGUCUCAUUUUAACUGCUGGCUCAGUGCUUAUCUGAUAGGUUUGUCUUAUUUUAGUCGCUGUACAGAUUUUUGAACAUAUCUGGUUCUUUAGCAAAGGGUUGUAGAAACCAUGAUGCAUGAAGUGCUGCUGCUUCAUUCACGUAACCUGCAUGGAUCUGGGUUUACAGACAUCACCAGCUUGAGAAAUUAGCCUGCAUGUUACUUUAAGUGAAGAGUGGAGUCCACUUGUUUGGAAACAUCUAGGAGACCUGCCCAUGUUGUGACAAAGACUCUUCUGUCUUCCUCAACUCUCUUAUCUGCCUCCUGCUUUGCACUUUCAGCUUAUCCUGUUGUGCUGUUAGUAUUUACAAUGAGCCAUGUUUGCCUCUACUCCUUUGAUCAUUGUUUUACCAAAAACCUUAUGCUUGAUAAAAUCCUGGUUAUGUUAGAACUGGACUUCAGAGUCGGACACAAAACGAAGCAGAGAAAUCUCCGUAACCCAGAGGAGUUAUAAAGCGUCUUAUUGAACAUCUGGUCAUGGAUUAAAGAGAGAGUGGGAGGUUUAGAGAUGCACCAGGCAAAUGGUACUUUUUUGUUUUGGAUUUAAAACUUUUAAACAGCCAAAACUUUUUUUCUCCUCUUUUAUGAGAUAUAAUCCUUAGAAGAUUUAAAACAUCCCAAUGCGUAAAAAAAAAAUUGGCCUGGAAUAGCCCGAUCGGUGCAUCCGCAGUGACGUUUUUCUGCGCAGCACGUUGAAAACGUCCACCUGCUCUCACUGGGACCACGUUUUUAUCAUUCAGCCUUUUGUUUGUCUGAAUUUGUUUGCUGUGUAACAAGUAUGGCUUGUGCCAAGAGAACAUAUCUGCUGGUUCUGUUUCAAAGGACAGUAACGGAGGAGUUAAUCCACCAUUUGAAUGUUCAUGUUCAACAAGUGUACCAUGAUUUUAGCUGCACAUUGUAGAAGAAGCCUUAUCUGACUUACUCAUCAUGUGAAUGACUGCAGGAUUUCCGUGUUCUCCCGCUGUUAAACGAGUAGAAGUUUUAAAAAUGUGAUCUUACUGUUUCGAUGAUGCAUCUCCUUGUCCUGCAGCUGGUGUAAGACGGGUUGUUCUGUUUAUCCCUCUGCCAGAACGCUGCACAGGGACGCUGAUAAAUAAUCGAUGAGUACGGACUGUAAAACUGAACCCAAGCCCAGACUCACCGCACUGUGAGGCCCUUUGGUUUAGUUGAGCAGAGAAAACGCCGUCAUGGCUUUGUUCUCCGUUCUCACACAUGAGCAGAAAGCUGCUUGUAUGAUACGACCCAGACAUUAUAAAUGCUCAUUGUUCUCAUCAGCACUAGAGUUAAUUGUGCCGUUUUAAACGUUGUUUAUACACAAAACAAAAGUGAAAUGUUCUGAGCCCAGAUGUGGUGGUACUGGCGCAAACAUGCUGAAUCCGGUACCGGAUACGUUUCCCCCUCCAAACCCAUGUGUACAUUUGACAAACUGGACUGUUUGUAGUUUCUGGUAGCUGUGCUUUGUGAAUGUGUUCACCGUUAGGAAACUUGGAAUAAACAUUCAACUCUGUAAGUAAAAUAAAAGAUUUCAGCACUG